AUGACUACUUUGACGAAGCUUCAAGUGUACCCACGAUGUUUGGAGCACCGUCUCUUCUUCAUGGAUCACAAACGGGUCGGGUCAAGAAGAGAACGUAACAAUAGGGUUUGUGUGCAUCGUUGUGAGAGUGAUUCAGGGGAGAAAAAAGUUGUAAAACAGAGGAAUAGUGAGAAUUCUAAAGAAAAAGAUGUUAAAUCUGGGUUUUUUGGUUUUAGUAAAUUAGGGUUCUUAUCUAUUGAUGAGUAUAAUCAGAAAGUUGCAAAAUUAGAGACAGUUUUCUCUUCAAUUGCUGUUCAAAUUGCGAGAUAUAUUGUGACGAUGACAAGUACUGGAGCUAUUCUCUUGAUUGGGUUUCAAUUGUCAGGUGGGGAUGGUUCGAUGAACUCAUUGGUUUGGUAUAGUUGGCUUGGUGGAGUUAUCAUUGGAACUAUGAUUGGUGCUAAUAUGGUUUUAGAAGAUCAUUACCGAGCCGGUCCACGCAAUGUUGUUAUUACUGGAAGCACGAGGGGACUAGGAAAAGCUCUUGCUAGAGAAUUUCUUCUCUCUGGAGAUAGAGUGAUCGUUACAUCUCGCAGUUCGGAAUCUGUUGAUAUGACUGUAAAAGAGCUUGAGCAAAACCUUAAAGAGAUUAUGAGUAAUGCUAGUGAGUCGGCUAGAAAGAAAUUGGCUGAUGCUAAGGUGGUUGGUAUUGCUUGUGAUGUUUGCAAACCCGAGGAUGUUGAGAAGUUGUCGAAUUUCGCUGUAAAAGAGCUUGGUUCCAUCAACAUAUGGAUAAACAAUGCUGGUACUAACAAAGGGUUUAGACCACUGCUCGAGUUCACCGAAGAAGAUAUUAAACAGAUUGUCUCUACAAAUUUGAUUGGAUCGAUUCUAUGUACACGAGGGGCGAUGGAUGUGAUGAGUAGACAGAACAACGGUGGGCACAUCUUUAACAUGGAUGGGGCUGGUUCUGGGGGUUCUAGCACUCCUCUUACAGCCGUAUAUGGGUCAACAAAAUGUGGACUUAGGCAAUUUCAUGGGUCUGUUCUGAAAGAAUGCCAAAAAACAAAGGUUGGCUUGCACACUGCAUCUCCCGGCAUGGUCCUGACCGAACUUCUUCUCAGUGGUUCGAGUAUAAAAAACAAGCAGAUGUUUAACAUAAUCUGUGAGCUUCCUGAGACAGUCGCUAGAACGCUAGUACCACGAAUGCGAGUUGUAAAAGGCUCGGGAAAAUCUGUUAAUUUCCUAACUCCUCCAAGGAUAUUGCUAGCCAUCGUCACUUCCUGGCUAAGGAGAGGCCGGUGGUUCGAUGACCAAGGACGGGCUUUAUAUGCAGCGGAAGCAGACAGACUAAGGAACUGGGCAGAGAACAGGACGAGGUUGUCGCUAACAGACGCGAUGGAAAUGUACACAGAGAAUACUUGGGUCUCUGUUUUCUCUCUUUCCGUUGUUUGCGCAUUCAUCAUCCUAUCAAGUACCACUCCUAGCUCUUUCCCAGGCACAUGA